CAUGUCGCUACCAGAGCGGCAGUCCGGAGCGAAGAAUCACCUCGGCGCCGUCGGGCGACCCGAACAGCGCUCCACGUUACAAUCGCGUGUGCGCCGCCACUCCGCUCUUCUUUCCGACCCUGAGCCCCCCCACCCGGCUACGGUGGCGGCGGCCUCUCUGCCGCUGAUCGCAUCGCCGUUGUCGGGACAGCGCAGCGUCGUCGUCCAAGCUUCGGUAGCGCUGGCGGUGGUGGCGUCGCUCGCUCUUCCCCGGACUACACCACAACGCGCUCUCCGCUCGCUGUUGUCUGCUCCCGCUGCUCUUCUCUCUCGUCCGAGUCGUGGAUGCCGGGCGUCUUUGCUCCAUUCUCGCAUCGUUCCGCAGCCUACUUCCCGGAAGACCAACCAUGUGCGUGCGCCUGCGUGUGCUCUUGUGUGUUGUGACAUGCGGCAAUAAUGGAUAACGCGCCCUGAGCCAGCUAGAGCAUCGCCAGCUCCCGAAAGGAAGCAUGAAGACGCUAACGGGACGCGGCGCGACAGCGACCACUUGCUGGGCCGGAUCACCGGCGUGGUAUCUUCUUUUCUGCCAGGCUGCAAUCCUCUUUUACGUGGCCGGUUCAUACCAGACCGAGCGACGGGGCCCAGUGUUCUUGCACGAACCUCCACGACGCGUGGACUUCUCUAACUCGACGGGUGCCACGGUGGCGUGCUCGGCGACGGGCUCGCCCGAACCUCGCAUCACCUGGACGUCGGCCGACGGCACGCCAAUGGAGGACGUGCGAGGACUAAGAUACGCGCGCCCAAACGGUUCUCUGGUGCUUCCCCCAUUCCGAGCAGAGGAUUACCGACAAGAUGUGCACGCUACCGUGUAUCGGUGUGCUGCUUCGAACCCCGUUGGUGCCAUCGUCAGCAGGGACGUUCACGUCAGGGCAGUGGUGCGCCAAAAGUACGCGGCCGAAGUGUACGACGAAUUCGUCAUCUCCGGCAAUACAGCAGUAAUGAGGUGUCAAGUGCCGGGAUACGUCACUGACUACGUCACCGUGACGUCGUGGAUUGAAGAGCCCAGCGGCAACGUCAUUAAGCCGGGAAUAAACUCAGCUGCCUCCAAGUACCACAUGUUCCCCGAAGGUGAGCUCUACAUUCGGGACGUAGACAAGAGCUUCUCCUACCGGAGCUACCGCUGCCAAACGAGGGACAAGCUCACGGGGGAAUCCACCAGGAAUUCUCUCCCAGGCCGGCUCAUCGUCACAGAAACUCACACGGGUGUGCCACCGCGGAUAAUUCACUCUCGCCAGAAGAUCACGGCAUCAGUGGGAGACGCCGUGUCGCUUCCAUGUGUGGCCCACGGAUCACCGCCACCACAGUACCGCUGGUAUCGCGAGGACGGCGGCCUCGUCUUCCUCGACCAGCGGACCUCGCUCAUCGACGGCGUCCUUUUCGUGAGAAAGGCGGCGGUCGGUGACGCCGGGAAGUACACUUGCGUGGCCAACAAUAGCGCAGGAGAGGACCGUACCACCACCGAGCUUGUCGUUACGGAGCCCCUGGGUGCACACAUCCAGCCGGCGCGGCAGCAGGUGCGCGUCGGCCAGCCGAUCACCAUCCGGUGCUCGGUGUCGGGACACCCCGUGGCGGGCAUAACGUGGCGCUUCAACCAGCGAACUCUGGCGCUAAGCGAGAGGGUCGCGCUGCUCUCGGCAGACGCCCUUGACAUUCGCUCGGUGCACAAGGAGGACAAGGGCAUGUACCAGUGCUUCGUCCACAACGACGUGGACUCUGUACAAGCAAGCUUCGAACUGGCGCUUGCAGAGGACCUGCCCCAGUUCCAGGAGACAUUCGGCGGCGAGACGGUACAGGCGGGCACGCGACUAUCGCUCAAGUGUUCGGCAUCCGGGAACCCGCUGCCGCAGAUCACGUGGUCUCUGGAUGACGCGCCCGUGCCGGAAACUCAUCGCGUGCGCUUCGGCGACUACGUCACGCAGUACGGCGUCGUGGUCAGCUACCUCAACUUCUCGCUUGUCCAAGUCGAGGACGGCGGCGAGUACCGAUGCACCGCGAACAACGGCGUCGGAACGCUGCACCACGCCGCCAGGAUCAAUGUGCCAGGACGACCUGUUGUCCGGCCCAUGCGAAACCUGACAGUCGUCGCCAGUGAAACACUGAACAUAGUAUGUCCAGUGGCCGGAUACCCUCUCGAGUCCAUCAACUGGGAGCGAGUGGGUGUCCGGCUGCCCUACAAUCACCGGCAGAAAGUUCACGACAACGGCUCUCUCGAAGUGUACCACAUGGAGAGGGCCACCGACGAAGGACCGUACACCUGCGUGGCCAAGGACAAAGACGGCCACACCGCACAAAGCACUGUGUACAUCAGCGUGAAAGUGAGACCAGCAAUAGAGCCCUUCAGCUACCCGGCGUCCCUCCGCGAGGGCCAGCGGGCAUCCGUGAUGUGCGCCGUGAUCAGCGGCGACCUGCCCAUCAACAUCAGCUGGACCAAAGACGGCGAACCCAUUAGCGAGUCGAAUCCUGACACGGCCGGCAUCCUCGUCAACACCGUGUCCGGAUUCACGUCCACGCUACUCUUCAAGGCGCUGCGGCUCGAAUAUCGCGGCAACUACACCUGCGUCGCCCAGAACGACGCCGGCAGCGCCAGCCACUCGGCGGUUAUGGUCAUACACGUCCCUCCACAGUGGAUUAUUGAGCCCGCAGAAACAUCCGUCAUCAAAGGCAAGACUGUAGUCAUCGACUGUGAAGCGGACGGGUUCCCCAAGCCAAGGAUCCGAUGGACGAAGGCCGAAGGUGAAGCGGCGCGCGACUUCAAGCCGGUGAUGAGCAGUGCGCACGUUCAGGUAUUCGAGAAUGGCUCGCUGGCCAUCAACGACGCCAAGGAGGAGGACGCCGGCUUCUUCCUCUGUCAGGCGACCAACGGCGUCGGGCAAGGACUCAGCAAGGUCGUCAAGGUCACCGUACACAUUGCUGCCCAUUUCAAGACAAAGUUUGCAGCUGAAAUGGUGCGCAAAGGACAGACAACGAGACUCAAGUGUGACGCCAUUGGCGACAAACCGAUGGGAGUAUCCUGGAUGAAGGACAAGCAACCAGUCAGUCCAAAGCAGGACCCGAGGUACGAGCUUGUGGAGACCGUGCAGACCACGGGCAUUACGUCAGAAAUCAUCAUACGCCAAACAGACCGUCGCGACUCCGCCCUUUUCACGUGCCUGGCCACAAACAACUUCGGCCAGGACGACACGAACAUCCAGUUGAUAAUACAAGAACCUCCCGACGCGCCCCAGGACCUGAAAGUGGUGGAAGCUGGUAGCAGGAGCGUCAAGCUGGAGUGGACAGCUCCGUACAGCGGCAACAGCGCCAUCACGCACUACACGGUUCAGUACAAGGACGACGGAUCAAAGUGGCACGCCAAGAUGAUCAACCUGAGCACGUCGGCCACGGAGACCACGGGCAUCGUGCGUGGUCUGAAGCCCGCCAUGACGUACCACUUCAGGGUGUUCGCCGAGAACCGACUGGGACGCAGUGACGCCAGCCACUCGGUCAAGGCGACUACGGCCGAAGAAGCGCCCGGAGGGCCACCAACGAAAGUCAGGGCACAACCACUAAGCUCGCAAGCCCUGAAGAUUACUUGGAAGCCGCCGAGCAAGGAGUUUCACUUCGGUGCCAUCAAGGGCUACUACGUGGGCUACCGUGUGGCGGCCUCGUCGGACCCGUACAUCUACAAGACGCUCGACUUGGGCGCAGAGGGCCGCGAGGAGUGCGUGCUCUCUUCGUUGUCACGAUUCACGCAGUACAGCGUCAUCGUGCAGGCCUACAACAACAAGGGCGCCGGACCACCGUCCGAUGAGGUGGUCGUGCAGACGCUCGAUAGCGAUCCUCCGUCUCCACCUGAUCUCCAAGUAGAAGGUACAUCUUUCACCUCCGUUUCUCUCAAGUGGGACCGCGCUCCGGGUGACCCAAACCCCGUCACAGGUUACUAUGUGCGGCAGAAAGAAGCCGUCACCGGCAGCGAGUGGCACGAGACUCACGUGCCGGGGGACCAGAACUCGCUGACGGUUGACAAGCUCAAGUGCGGCACCAACUACCAGUUCGCCGUGCGAGGAUACAAUGCGGCCGGCACUGGCGAGAACAGCGACAUUGUUACCGUCAAGACAAGCGGGGCCGCGCCGGUGGCUCCGGAUCGCCAGUCGCUGGUGCAGACCAACGUGAGCUCGGCAGUGGUUCUGCUAGGAGCGUGGCACAGCGGCGGCUGCCCUAUUCACCAGUUCACGGUCAAGUACCGGCGUCGACAGGACGCUGACUGGACCACGUUGCAGGCAACCAGGCCUCGUGACGCGCGCCUCGAGAUCCCUGGUCUCACGCCUGCCACCUGGUACACGCUCCAGAUGACGGCGCACAACAGCGCCGGUGUCACCGAAGCCGAGUACGCGUUCGCCACACUGUCCAAGUACGGAGCGGCAGACCAGGUGACGCCCCGGACGGAAGUGCAUCGCGAAACGUCGUCUGUUGUGUCCGAUGCGACCGUGGUGGUUCCGGUGGUGGUUUCGCUAGUCAUUGUGGUGGUCCUCCUGGUCAUCGUGUGCAUGGUCAUCCGCAGGAAGCAUUCCUCCGGCAGUUCCCAGAGUGGCAGCUCGCUUUAUGGCACCCGAAAGAAUGGCAUGCAAGAUGCCAUGCAGAUGAGCGACCUGGAAGGCAAAGUGGGCAAGGAAUGCUCCAGCAGUGCCUUCUUCCCGGCGCCUUACGCAACCACGCAACUAGGCACCAGGGGUCCAGAAAAAAGGACGGACCACGUGGAUGAGCCCCUUUACGCCACUGUGAAACGAACGCCACGGCCGCCACGGUCUGACGGCCACAUAUACCAGUGUCCAGCACUAGCAAGAAAUGGAAGGCCAGCAGCCAGGGUCACCUGAAACAGGUCUAGUCUUUCAUAAGGUGCGGGAAACAAAUUCUAAGGUGCAGCCUGGACAUUCUGCCGUUAUUUCGCAAAAAACUGAAACGCUGGACGUGAUUACUUCGUGUCAGUGUGCGCGUCUAUGGUGGCAACACGAGAAGUACCAGAGGACUGCGAAGCAACUGUCGAUGCAACGAACAAACCUUUACAGAGUGGCCACUGGCAUACUGGAGACCCACGCUUCAAUCAUCUACAAGUGGCAGGCUGGAUACAGCCCUUUCAAAGUAUGCUGGUGCGGUUUGUACAUACAAACAAGACAGACAGUGUGCGUGCGGCCUUGUUGGAGACGUGCUGUGAACUACCGAGAACCACAAAAGCGCCUUUGUUAGCGUCGCCUUGUACAAAAAAUAUGGACCGAAGUAAACGUGUGUGUG